CUCGCGGGCUAAGCGCCGUCGAGCCUAACCGGGUGGCUGGGCGGAGUUUGGUUUCGGCUUGUGGGUUUGGUUGGCCCUUACCGGCGCUGCUCGCACAGAGGCGCGGCCAAUAGGCUCCACAGCCUCGGCUACGCCCGCGCGAGCUCUCUUCUCGCGAGGCCGGCUAGGCCCGAAUGUCGUUAGCCGUGGGGAAAGAUGGCGGAAAAUUUAAAAGGUUGUAAUGUGUGUUGCAAGUCAUCUUGGAAUCAACUGCAAGACCUGUGCCGCCUGGCUAAGCUAUCCUGCCCUGCCCUCGGCAUCUCUAAAAGGAACCUUUACGACUUUGAAGUCGAAUACUUAUGUGAUUACAAGAAAACACGCGAACAGGAAUAUUACCUGGUGAAAUGGCGUGGGUACCCGGAAACCGAGAACACCUGGGAACCGCGCCAGAACCUCAAGUGCGUGCGCAUCCUUAAGCAGUUCCAUAAGGACUUAGAAAAGGAACUGGCACGACGGCACCGCCGGACCAAGCGUCCCCGUCACCUGGACCCAAGCCUGGCUAGCUACUUAGUACAGAAGGCCAAGCAGAGGCGGGCGCUCCGUUGCUGGGAGCAGGAGCUCAACACUAAGCGUAACCACACGGGACGGAUCACCGUGGAGAACGAGGUGGACCUGGACGGCCCCCCACGGGCCUUUGUGUACAUCAACGAGUACCGUGUGGGUGAGGGCAUCACCCUCAACCAGGUGGCGGUAGGCUGCGAGUGCCAAGACUGUCUGCUGGCCCCCAUCGGUGGCUGCUGCCCUGGGGCCUCGAUGCACAAGUUUGCCUACAACGACCAGGGCCAGGUGCGCCUGCGGGCUGGGAUGCCCAUCUACGAGUGCAACUCCCGCUGCCGCUGCGGCUAUGACUGCCCCAACCGCGUCGUGCAGAAGGGCAUCCGCUAUGACCUCUGUAUCUUCCGCACGGACAACGGGCGCGGCUGGGGCGUACGUACCCUGGAGAAGAUCCGUAGGAACAGUUUCGUCAUGGAGUACGUGGGAGAGAUCAUUACCUCAGAGGAGGCGGAGCGAAGGGGCCAGAUCUACGACCGUCAGGGCGCCACUUACCUCUUCGAUCUGGACUACGUGGAGGACGUGUACACCGUGGACGCUGCCUAUUACGGAAACAUCUCCCACUUUGUCAACCACAGUUGCGACCCCAAUCUUCAAGUUUACAACGUCUUCAUAGACAACCUCGAUGAGCGGCUGCCCCGCAUCGCAUUCUUCGCCAUAAGAACCAUUCGAGCAGGCGAGGAACUCACCUUCGAUUAUAACAUGCAAGUAGAUCCUGUAGACAUGGAGAGCACCCGCAUGGACUCCAACUUUGGCCUGGCUGGCCUCCCCAACUCCCCCAAGAAGCGGGUCCGUAUCGAAUGCAAGUGUGGAACGGACUUGUGCCGCAAAUACCUCUUCUAGCCCGCUGGAGUCAGAUGACAAGUCAACAGUGGGACUUAGAGGGUUAAAGUCAAGCCAUCAGCAGUGCUACAUUUUUCCUGAACGUUUGAGGAGAGAAUCCAGUGGCAUGCCUUUACAAGUUUCCAGAGCUGCCUACAUUAUUUGAUCCAUGGCCUCUUCUUCCAUCUUCAAAACCGGCUGGAUUUCACCUUCAGAUCUCUCUCCAAUCCUUAUGUUUCAGUCAUUAGAUUUAUUAACCCAGUGUCCAGUCUCUCUAUGUACUCUAGUGAUUGCAUUGGGGUCAUCUGGAAAAUCUAGGCUGCUCUCUUCCCCACCUUGAGAUAAUUGCUUGAGGCCAGGGAGGUACAAUGGGUUGUCAGAAAAGUCAUGAUGCAUUUUUGCAUAGAAGAACACAUCAUGACUUUCCCAACAGCCCAAUAUCUCAGUGGUCGAAUGCAUGCUUUGCAUGCGUGAGGUUUUGGGUUCAGUCUCCAGUACCACAUAAGAAUAUGCACAUAUAUACGUCACAGACAUAAAGAUGACUACUUAUGUACAUCUACAAAUGGCACAGGUUUAACAGGUAAGGUUAUAUAUUUUAUUUGCUAGUCCCGUAAAUUAGGACAUGGGGAUCUUUAUUCCAUCAACCACAAAUAUAUGUCCACAAGCAGAAAAAAAAAUCCAUUCUGAGAUUUAUGCCCAUAAGCAA